CACUGAUUCAUUGAUUCACUGAUUGAUCGAUUGAUUGAUUGACUACCCGUUUGCGUGACUUCCUUUUCGAGCAAGUGGCGUGAGCAGAGCCAGACGCCAACAUGUCCGUCUACUCAUUCUUCAUAUUCGACAGGCACACGGAAUGCAUCUACUCCAAACGCUGGACCACCCAACAACCCGGCCGACCCACCACCGGCGUGGCCAACGACUCUGUCCCCCCUUCCGCCCGCAAAGCCAUGAAAGACGCCGACGACGCCAAACUCAUCUUCGGCACCGUCUUCAGUCUGCGCCGCAUGGUGCGCCAACUCGGCGGCGCAGACGACUCCUUCCUCUCCUACCGCACGGGAGAGUAUAAACUCCACUACUUCGAGACGCCUACCCAGCUCAAGUUCGUCAUGCUAACCGAUCCCCGCGCGGGCAAUAUGCGUACCGUGCUGCAUCAGAUCUGGGCGACGCUGUUUGUGGAGUAUGUCGUUAAGUCCCCUUUGGCGCCGACGGAGCAUAGGGGUGGGAAGGGGGUGGGAAACGAGUUGUUUGAGAUUGGGUUGGAGAGGUUCAUGGAGGUGGUGUUUGCGCCACAGCAAUGAUGCAGAGCUCGCAACCAAAGCGACAGGGCAACUUUGAGUGGCUUCCGAGACGUUACCGGAUGGCUUCAAGCAUGACAAUGCUCCUCAGCGUUGCAGCAAACACGACCGCGUGUAAAAAGGCCGGUGACGCCUCUAACAGACUGAUAUCUCCAAUUACUCAAUCCUGCUCAUGCAAGCAAACGCCGAACCUGCGAAGCGCAGAAAGCUGACGAUCCGCCACACUGCCUGCCGCAACUGUGAUAGCAAGCAGCGG